AUGCAAAGACCACUGGUAUCACCAGCUAAGAAAAAUGCCACAUUGCUGUAUGCCGAUAGCUUGGAAGCAGCAAUGCAAAAAGAUGGUGUACAGUCGCCUGGAUACGAGUAUGAGCCAAUUGGCCUAGAUAAAAAAGUACAUCCCGCUGUUCUGAAGCUAUGGACCGGCGAAGAAUACAAAGUUCGUGGCGUGUUCGGCCUCGGUGGAUUUUCUGUUGCCUACCGCGUCCGUGAUCAAAAUGGUCAGCUAUCUGCGGCAAAAGUGAUUUCUCAAAGACCAUACUCCACUCAUUGCGAAUUGAAUACACUCCGUAAGAUCAAAGAGAACUCACAUCCCAACCUGUUAUUGUUGCAUUCAGUUGGCCGUUUGACGAAUCCACCACCAGGUUAUACAAAUGAAGUUAUUAUCACAGAAGCGUGCGGACCAUCUAUCAAGGAAAUCUUGCUCAAAGCUAGAAGAGAAACUGGUAAUACCGCACCAUGUUCGUUCUCUAUGGAUAACAUCAAACGUAUUGGUAGAAAAAUUGGAGAGGCGAUGCUUCAUUUGGAGAAACUAAACCUUUAUCACUUGGAUCUCAAGACUUCCAAUGUUGUCUUUACCAGCAACGUCAAGUAUGAAAUGGAUCUGAAUUUGACUCAAACAAUCAUCACAAUGAGUGAUUUUGACAUCAAAGUCAUUGAUUAUUUAAGCUCGAUGACUCACUCAAAACCUGGAUACCCGAAACCAGUCAUGCUCGUCCAGCCGCGAAACAUGCGUGCCCCAGAAGUAUUCAUGGGUCUUCCCCACAACGAAAAGUCGGAUGUAUGGUCCAUGGGAUGCCUCAUGGCUGAACUUUACACUGGAAAACUGCUUUUCAGUUCGAAUAAUAUUGUUCCCGACUCUCAGAAAGAGCAGUCACAUUUUGAGACCAUGAUUUCCAUGAUGAAUGCAUCCGUUCCAAUUGAAAUGAUCAAAGAAUCUAACCAAAGAGGAAAAUGCUCCUGGACUUCAACUUCGCCAAUGAUCGCAAAGAAGCUAACAACCAGGAUUCAUUGA